CCUCUGCAUUAUUAUCUUUUGUGUCACAUGUAGUAUAUAAUCCUGGCAGCAACACUUUUUUCCAGUGUGGAGGAAGUGAUACUCUUUCGUUCCUCCAAAUUUUAUGUCCUUUUUCAUUCUGAGGGAACAAGCCUUCUCCAAAGGAGUUAGUUGUUCUGUUCUAUGACUUCACCUUUUUCUUGGAUUUCAAUGGAGGGAUUUUAUUCUGAGAAAUCGUACACUAACUCUGAGCAGAUAGACCUUACUCUGAAGCUUUCUCCCUGCGGUCAAAAUGCAGAAGAAAAGAUGGUUCUCACAAGUUCAUCAUCAGAAAUGGUUGGGGAGAAAUCCCAGAACAUAAAGAUGGAAAAUGGGGUUCAAGAGAAUCCCUUUGCUGUUUGUGUAGCAGAGGGUGAGAAGGGUCUGGUGAGGUUUGGGGACCUGCAGUCAAUGAGAAGAGUGAGGACCGGAAAGAGAUUAUUGAUGAAGAAGAUGCAGAUGGCUAUGGUGGCUGCAGCGGCUGCAGAGAACUCUUUUCCGGUGUCUCCGGCGGGUGCUCAGCCACUGCCACCCUCAAUUGAUGAUAAUUUCAAGAUGUUUGCACAUCCUUCUUCGGAUCCAUGGCAUGAAGGAGGAGUUAGUUCGAAGUUGCAAAUAUCACCAAAGCUGGAAAUGGCAUCUGAGAAGGCAGCGAAAAAGCUGAAACAUGUGAGCUCGUAUCAUAAAAGUGAUGCAAUGAAGAUUGUGAGAGAAAUGCCUUGUGUGAUUAGUGCUGGAGAUGAAGCAAGUGGGAAGAGAAUAGAAGGGCUUCUUUACAAGUAUAAGAGAGGCCAAGUUUGUAUUGUAUGCGUCUGCCAUGGCUGCUUCCUCUCACCCACAGAAUUUGUGAUGCAUGCUGGUGGCAAGGAAGUAGCAGAUCCCAUGAAACACAUCACUGUCUCUUCUGAUUCAUUUUAUAUCAAUGGAGAUGGGGCUGCUUUUACCACACAUCCCUUCUAGAAUGUGUUGAAGCAGUUAAGAAUCCUUAGUUUCCGUAGUUAUCUUAUCCAUGAUUCUUUUUAUGACAACACUGUAAAACAUGGUUUUCCGCAUUUGCUAACCUUCGUAUUAGUGUUGAGAAAAAUGAAAAAUAUCGACCGAAACUUGGAUAAUUAAGAGUACAUAUAUAAUACUUU